AUGCGCUUCUAUUCACUCCUUUUGACAUUGCCCUUGGCAUUGGGCGAGAAGUUGGUUAUUCCGUCUGUAGAACAGGCCGUUGCGAAGGAAAACGAACAAUUCUCGGUUUAUACUGAUUACAUUGACGGACCCACUGGCAUAGCGAAAUCUGUCGCGUCCAAGCCAACGCCAAAGGUCCUCGCGCAGCUACUCAAGCAACAGUCCGCUGCUGCUGUCGCUGUUUCGACACCGUACUGGUAUGAGCAAAUUACGCACCAAGGCAUCUCACCCAACAAUGCCAACGCAGCCUACAAGGUGUACCGUAAUGUGAAGGAUUAUGGGGCCAAAGGCGAUGGCAUCACGGAUGAUACGGCAGCUAUUCAAGCAGCGAUGAGCGAUCAGACUAGAUGUGGUCCAGGCUCAUGUCAAUCAUCCACUGUCUCUCCGGCUGUCGUCUACUUCCCUUCCGGAACGUACAUUCUCUCAAAGUCUAUCAUCAUGUACUACUACACUCAGAUGAUUGGUAAUCCUAACGGCGUGCCUGUAUUGAAGGCUACCGCCGGCUUUUCUGGUCUGGGCUUGAUCGAUGGGGAUAUGUAUGAGCCCGGCAAUGCAGCAGGUGUCUUAGAGUUUGGAGGUUCGAGCGAAGAGAUCGAAUAA